AUGUCGAGAGCAAAGGUUGGUAUUAACGGUUUCGGUCGUAUCGGGAGACUUGUGCUCCGCGCAGCUUUCCACAAGAACACCGUGGAUAUAGUUUCAGUGAAUGACCCCUUCAUAAAUUUAGAGUACAUGGUGUACAUGAUUAAACGUGAUUCCACCCAUGGGAAUUUUCAAGGCGAGGUGUCGGCAGAAGACGGAAAAUUAAAAGUCAAUGGGAAGUUAAUAUCUGUUCAUUUCGAAAGGGAUCCAAGAAACAUCCCAUGGGAUAAGGACGGGGCUGAGUAUGUCGUAGAGUCCACUGGAGUCUUUACGACCAUUGAUGCAGCUAAAGCUCAUACUGAAAAUAAUCGAGCUAAAAAGGUUAUAAUAUCUGCACCUUCUGCAGACGCACCCAUGUUCGUUGUUGGUGUGAAUGAAAAUUCGUACGAUAAGUCAAUGUCUGUGGUUUCUAAUGCAUCAUGCACAACCAAUUGUUUAGCACCCCUGGCUAAGGUUAUUCAUGAUAACUUCGAAAUAGUUGAGGGCUUAAUGACCACUGUGCACUCAUUUACGGCUACGCAAAAGGUUGUAGACGGACCAUCUUCAAAAUUAUGGCGAGAUGGUCGUGGAGCGAUGCAAAAUAUCAUUCCAGCUUCUACUGGUGCUGCCAAAGCUGUAGGAAAAGUCAUUCCAGCAUUAAAUGGAAAAUUGACGGGAAUGGCUUUCCGCGUACCGACACCGGACGUUUCAGUCGUUGAUCUGACAUGCAGAUUAGGGAAGAAAGCUACCUAUGAUCAAAUUAAGGCUGUGGUCAAAGCAGCUGCAUCUGGACCAAUGAAGGGGAUUUUGGAAUACAGUGAUGAUGAGGUCGUCAGUUCAGACUUUAUUGGAAAUAGCAGUUCAUCCAUAUUUGAUGCGAAGGCUGGGAUAUCUCUUAACGACAACUUCGUGAAAUUAAUUUCAUGGUUAAAGAAAACUCCACAAUUGGAUAAAAUAAAUAAAACUAUUUGUUGUGUCCCGAUAAGAAUAAUGAAUGGUAAUUUUUGGGAUCCAUUUAUGGACCAUUAUUAUGAGUAUAUUUUUAUCGUACAGUUGUUAUGCUACUAAACUGUUCAUAUUCAUACCCCUCUUAUUAUGAGCUUUAUGUUGACCUAUGAACUAUUAUUGUACGAUUUACCAUUCAUGAAUUAUUCCCUAUCUGUUAAUCGCUACCUCCCUCAUUCACAGCCACUUCUGGCUAAUUAUUGUGCAAAUGUUAUUUUCUAUUUUAUUGGUACGUUGUGGUCGGGUUGAUCGGUAUAUAAACAGAGUAUGCUUGGAAUACAAUGAUUCAUACCUCAGAGGC